UCGUCCCCAUGAUGCUGGACUCAUCAGUGGCAGACCAGAUCACCCGCCUGACACUGAGUCUCUUGGAGCAGAAGCUGGAGCAAGAGCGAGAGAACAUGGAAGGGGACUCAGAAGGCUCUUUCUUGGUGCCAGGAAAGGAGGCCAGGCCAGAGGAGGCCCUGCCCCGCGCUCUGAGGAGGAGGAAGGACCUUCUACAGAGACUCUGGGAACAGCAGCUUCUAGAUGAGCACCCCCAGCCCCGCUGCUGGAGGGGGCCACCCGGAGGAGCCCACAGAUCAGCCCUGUACCCAGAAGUGCCUCCCGUGGGCAUCUACCGGGCCGCGUCUCCACCCCUGCCGGCGCCUGAGCCUCUGAGGAUCAUCCAGCACCCGGUUCCCCAGCCUCCUGCCACCAUCAUUCAGCAGCUCCCUCAGCAGCCACUCAUCACACAGAUUCCUGCUCCUCAGGCCUUUCCCACUCAAAGGUCAGGAAGCAUUAAAGAAGACAUGGUGGAGAUGAUGUUGAUGCAGAAUGCGCAGAUGCACCAGAUCAUCAUGCAAAACAUGCUACUCAAAGCCCUCCCACCUGCAGUAGGGCCUGGGGGACCACACACCCCGCAGCAGGACCUGCAGUGGGCACGCCAGGUCAUCCCGAGAGCCCAGAGGCAGAGGCCAGCCCCAGUGCACCAUCACCACCACUAUGCGCCCCCAGUCCCGCUGCAGGCUAGCCCCAUGCCUGGCACCCCUGUUGGUUAUUCCACAUGGCCUCCAGUGGUCACGGCCACAGCCCUCCCAGCGGCCAACAGCUUCCUGCCCACCAUGCGCCAUGUGGCUGGCCCCACGGUGGCAACGGACAGUGAGCUACCCUCACAGGCUCCAGGAGUGUGA